AUGACCACCUUCUUCUUCGGACGGUCACCUCUGUCGGUCUCUGAUGACUCUAUCGUCCUUACGAUGUCCAUGCCUUCAAGAACCUGGCCAAAGACAACGUGUCUCCCGUCCAGCCACGGUGUCUGCAAGCAAGGAAGUAAACAAUUAAUUACCUUGACUGUGCAGAUGAAGAAUUGGCUGCCGUUGGUGUUCGGUCCAGCAUUCGCCAUGCUGAGCACUCCAGGUCCAGUAUGA